CAUAGGCACGCAGGGCUCACUGUCUGUAACAGAGUGUGUGCACAACAGCAAGGAGGGCUGUGUUUGGUGGGUUUAGUCUGGAAAAUACUGUAGUGAAACCCAAAUUCUUUCAAAAUGGCUGCUGCUCAUCGUCUAAUGAUUGUACGCCAUGGCGAGAGCUCCUGGAACCAGGAGAACCGUUUCUGUGGCUGGUUUGAUGCAGACCUCAGUGAAAAGGGUCUGGAGGAAGCAAAGCGUGGUGCUCAAGCCAUCAAAGAUGCAGGCAUGAAGUUUGAUGUGUGCUACACCUCCGUUCUGAAGCGCGCUAUCAAGACUCUGUGGACCAUCAUGGAGGUCACAGACCAGAUGUGGCUGCCUGUAGUGCGCACCUGGCGUCUGAAUGAACGUCACUACGGUGGUCUGACUGGUCUGAACAAGGCAGAGACGGCAGCCAAGCAUGGAGAGGAGCAGGUCAAGAUAAAUUGGUGGCAUGGCUGCAAGUUCGAUCAUGUUCCAUUCCUCUUUUACCAGUCAAGACGAUACAAGGGUCUGAAAGAGGGUGAGCUUCCCAUCUGCGAGAGCUUGAAGGACACCAUCGCUCGUGCCCUGCCUUUCUGGAAUGAGGUUAUUGUACCUGAGAUCAAGGCCGGCAAAAACGUCAUAAUCGCAGCCCAUGGCAACAGCCUCCGUGGCAUCGUCAAGCACUUAGAGAGCAUGUCAGAUGCAGCCAUCAUGGAGCUGAACCUGCCCACAGGCAUUCCCAAAAGAUAA